CCACUCCUUUCAUCGAUGUCGUCCCAAUCCCACGUGAUCUGACAAAUGCAUUGAUGAGUCGUUGUGUGACACACUCAGGCUCCGUCGAAACGUCACAAUUGUUUCCGCCUUCGCGUCAAACUAUUACGCGUAAGAUUCAUAUCAGCAUUAGCACAGCCCCCUCACACCCUCCACGAGCCGCCGCACUUAGAUGCACCGUAGGUUGUGAAUGAACCUGUGUGGCCGUCUGUCCGACAACGAGUUAUUGCAACCGGCGUAACCCUCUCCUCUCAACGGUGGGGCGUCAAUUAUUGCCGUGACCCGAUGUGUUGCUUGUGUCACUGUCACUCUUAUAAGAGGAGUGUGAGCCUGGUGAAGCACAGUGAUGAAAGCCCACUGUGCUUAGACUCAUCUUCAGAAACUGUUGUAGUUUUACCUCAGGGCUCUACAUUCAAGCUGUAGUCCCUAACCCUAGAUACUUACACAACCACCGACAACUGGUCAACACUACUUCACCAUGUGCUCUUUACUUGAUCUUGCGGUAAUUCUAAGCAUGGCGAUUAUUGUCGCCUCGGAAGGAUCUUCAACUGUGUCGGUGCGUGAAGAAGGCGUUGAACCAAACAACACGACUCCAACCCCGGCUUUAAAUAGCACAAACUACGUUCACAAGGGCGACGGAGGAAUAGACAAUAUCCUGUGUGAAUACUACAGCCCCUGGUCUAGAUGGUCCACGUGCAACCGAAAAUGUGAACAAACCCGUGUGCGACGAUGCCGACGGCAGCAACAGUGCGGUAAGACGUGGCUGAAAGAAAAGAGAAUAUGCAAACGACGUCGCGGAGGCUGUUCCGUUUUGUCGUAUCAAGUCUACGGUUUCCGACGUCGAAAUCGCUACAUUGAACAGCUACUGUACGACCUCCUCUACGACUCUUGGACGGAGUGGGGGGCGUGUUCACGCACGUGCAAGCAGAGGCGCACGCGCAAGUGUGCCGUGCACAGCGUUUGCAGUAAGAGUUAUAUCCAGGAAGAAAGACGUUGCAGCGCUGCAGGCAGUCGUUGUGAAAGACGUUAUUUUAUCAAGUCGACAGUAGCUGACGCAAACAGUGAAAAUACAACGACAGUUGCGCCUGUUUCAAAACCGAAAUCCAAAGUGUCUCGACCUUCACUGAAGAAAAAGAAGAAAAAGAGGUACCCGGCCCCCAGUCUGGAGGAAAUACAAAAGACAUGCGGCAUCCGCCCGUCCAAUCUGACCCGAGGAUACAGAGUCGUAGGGGGGAGAGAAGCCCACAAACUGAGCUGGCCUUGGCAGGUUGCCAUUAUGACAAGAUAUGAAGAGCCGUACUGCGGUGGAACCCUCAUAGCGCCAUCUUGGGUCCUCACAGCCGCACACUGUAUCCGGAAGAGAGGAAGAAAGCGAAGAGUCCUUGUGCGCAUGGGUGAACACGACUUCCAAUUGUACGAAGGAACGGAAGUGACGCAAAAACCGAACAAAGAUUUUCCCCAUCCAAAAUUUGACUAUUCAACAAUAUCAAACGAUAUAGGCCUCAUAAGACUCAAGAAGCCAGUUCACCGGAUACCUGGCUUGGGAUUUGCGUGUCUUCCUGAGAAAGACGAGGUGAUUCCUCCCAAAACUCUCUGUUAUACAGUUGGCUGGGGGAAAAGAAAAAAUACCCAUUUGUUUGGCGCAAUCGCUUUACAGGAGGCUAAAGUGCCAGUUGUGGACGCCAACAGAUGCCAAGCCGUUUUUGAUUAUGAGAUCACGGACACACAGGUUUGCGCAGGGUAUGCACGUGGAGGUGUAGACUCAUGCGCAGGGGACAGUGGUGGACCUCUGUUAUGCGCUCAUGAGGUCAACAAUACCUCACGCUGGUUUGUGUAUGGGAUUACCAGCUAUGGCGAGGGGUGCGGACGUAAGGGGAAAUUCGGUAUUUACACAAAAGUUCCUAGUUUUGUGGACUGGAUUGAACGAGUCGUGAACUCACAUUAAACGCUGGUAAUUCGUGUGGAUUACUCUAUACCAUUGAACAGACGGGGUCUCAAGGCCCUUGGUUGCAGAUGUAUGCUCAGGGUUGAGGAGGAAUGACGUUCUGUGCAUGACAGAGACAUCGGACACGUGUUGAGUGAGAUGGCGACAUGGCUUCCAUAUCGAAGCUGAAAAAUACUCGCCCGCAUACAGCGCCCUCAUCAUGACGUCAUGACGUAGUCGGUACGCCAGAACCGGAUGCGUCUCGGGAUGACUGCUCACAAAAAUGUGAAAAAGAUCCCGAUAUCAUUUCCACGAACGACGACGUUUUGAACGUGACGUCAAAUAUAUGAUAACGUUAGACCCUCCAUGCCUUUAGCGCUGUGUAUAGUCAAGGACCUAGGCAGUAAGACGGGCAGUCAAAUCUGAAUUUUCAGUUCUUCGACGGUGAAAUCGACACACAACGUCACGUCACUAUUGCGAUAUACGACGUUAAUGUGGAUUUUUAAGUUAACGGAAUACAAUUGAAUAUUUCACAUUUCCAUCAUUUUUUAGAUUACAGAUUAACGUUGGAUUGUAGUAGUGUUAUUUAUUUUUCAUAUAACACCAUCAAUUACCCACUAUUAUGUCAUAUUGUUUGUAUACAAUUUCCCUGAAACAUACUGAACGUCCUAUAGUUGUACAUGGUUAUUUAUGAGACUCACAUAUUCGGGGGACAUGUUCGAAUUGUCAUAUCUAGUUUAAAUAACAAGGUAAGAGUGAUUUUUGCCUGCAUUUGAUUUCUGUUUUUCUCAAAUGUGUGAGAGCGAUUGUGUUUACUUGCUAAAAAUCAUCGUGUUGAGUAAUCGGUAUGCUUUAAUUGAAAUGUCACACUGAACUGUCCGCGCGUUGUUGUUUUGAACCCUAGAGUUGCUUUGAUCGUUACCAUAGUUCAGUGUCUGUUUAUCCGUACACCUGGGUUGAUUAAAAGCAGUGUAUGAAAUAACACCUGUCCGACAGCCCGUAACGUGGUAACUUUUGUCUGUGCUGGCAACUUUUGGAAGCUUUUGUUAAAUUUUGCCAUUUAAAUAGACAAAUUAUCAUAUUCGGGAUGGCUAUUUUUCAAACUUAUUUCAUACACUGUUAAAGGUCUAAACGUUUCGAUAACAUAUUAGCUUACUCAUUCACCUAUUUGUUUCGAAUUUCGCUUCGCCUUCAGGGUUAAAUGCCUUCACCCGCCAAGCCGAAGACCCUGUUCGAUUCCCCACAUAGGUACAAUGUGUGAAGCCCAUUUCUGGUGUCCUCCGCCGUGAUAUUGUUGGAAUAUUGCUAAAAGCGGCGUAAAACCAUACUCACCCACUCUUCAAAAUUAAGUGCAGACUAGAGAAGGUCUUCGUGCGAUCAAAGUAUAACGUUUAAGUUCGCAACUGUGCGAUUAAAGAAGUAAUAUUCAGUUUCAAUUAUGUUCAUACUUUGUGUUUAAAUGUAACUCAUACCAUGUUUAUCUUGUGUUUUAUGUGAUAUUUAUGACCAUUGGCAUUUAUUUUGUGUAUGAUUUGGCAGAGAAUUAAGGCGGGUCCAGUGCUUAAAAUGAAAUAAAUGAUACCAACCUA